AUCAGUGUCUGCGGCGGAUAAAGUACUUGCCUGGGUGCCGCCUCAGAAGACCCUGCAGAGCCAGCAGCGGCGCCAGGCCUUGGCCAGGCCACAGGCAGGAAGCCACCUCACCCAUCCACCGGCCAUGGGCUCUCAGAAGCCUGCCCUGCGGCCACCGCUGCUGCUGCUGUUCCUGCUACUGUUCUUGGACACCAGCGCCUGGGCUCAAGAUGAAGUCUUGGAAAACUUCAGCUUGAACUGUCCAAAGGAUGCAACUCGAUUCAAGCACCUCCGAAAGUACAUGUACAGCUAUGAGGCUGAAAGCGCCAGCGGCGUCAGGGGCACUGCCGAUUCCAGAAGCGCCACCAGGAUCAACUGCAAGGUGGAGCUGGAGGUCCCCCAACUCUGCAGUUUCAUCAUGAGGACCAGCCAGUGUACCCUUAAAGAGGUGUAUGGCUUCAACCCUGAGGGCAAGGCCUUGAUGAAGAGAACCAAGAACUCUGAAGAGUUUGCAACUGCCAUGUCCAGGUAUGAGCUCAAGCUGGCCACUCCUGAAGGGAAACAGAUUGUUCUUUACCCUGACAAGGAUGAGCCUGACUACAUACUGAACAUCAAAAGGGGCAUCAUUUCUGCCCUCCUGGUUCCCCUGGAGACAGAAGAGGACAAACAAGUGUUGUUCCUGGAUACUGUGUAUGGAAACUGCUCAACUCAGGUUACUGUGAAUUCAAGAAAGGGGACUGUGGCUACAGAAAUAUCCACAGAGAGAAACCUGCAGCAGUGUGAUGGCUUCCGGCCCAUCAGAACAGGUGUCAGCCCUCUUGCCCUCAUCAAAGGCUCGGUCUAUACCUCAUCAACUCUUAUCAGCAGCAGCCAAUCUUGCCAGUACACCCUGGACCCCAAUAAGAAACAUGUGUCUGAAGUCAACUGCAAUGAACAGCAUCUUUUCCUGCCUUUCUCCUACAAGAAUAAGUACGGGAUCAUGACACAGGUUAAACAGACACUGAGUCUUGAAGGCACACCUAAGACCAACAGUCGCUUCUUCAGUGAAGGUACCAAGAAGGUGGGGUUGGCCUUUGAGAGCACCAAGUCCACAUCACCCCCAAAGCAGGCUGAGGCUGUUUUGAAAACCCUUCAAGAACUGAAGAAACUGUCUGUCUCAGAGCAGAACGCUCAGAGAGCAAACCUCUUCAAUAAACUGGUUACUGAGCUGAGGGGUCUCAGCGAUGACGCAAUCGCAUCCCUCUUGCCACAGCUGAUUGGAGUGUCCAGCCCCAUCACUUUACAAGCCUUGGUGCAGUGUGGACAGCCCCAAUGCUACACUCACAUCCUCCAGUGGCUGAAAACUGAGAAGGCUCACCCCCUCCUGGUUGACAUUGUUACCUACCUGGUGGCUCUGAUACCAAAUCCCUCGACACAGAUGCUGCGAGAGAUCUUUAACACCGCCAAGGAGCAACAAAGCCGAGCCACCCUGUACGCGCUGAGCCACGUGGUUAACAACUAUUAUGUUAUGGAUCACUUGAGGAGCCCAGUUCUGCAGGAUAUUGCUGGUUACCUGUUGAAACAUAUUGACAAUGAGUGCACGGGGGAUGAAGACCACACCUACUUGAUUCUGAAGGUCAUUGGAAAUAUGGGCAGAACCAUGGAACAAGUAAUGCCAGCACUCAAGUCCUCAGUCUUGAACUGUGUGAGAAGUGUAAAACCAUCUCUGCUUAUUCAGAAAGCUGCUCUCCAGGCCCUGAGGAAGAUGGAAAUGGGAGAAGAGGUCCGAAGUGUCGUUUUUGAUACCUUUGUGAACAGUGCCACUCCAGUGGAGAAAAGACUGGCUGCCUAUCUCUUGCUGAUGAGGGCCCCUUCCUCAUCAGAUAUUAGCAAAAUUGUCCAACUUCUCCAGUGGGAACAGAGUGAACAGGUGAAGAACUUUGUGGCCUCUCACAUUGCCAACAUCUUAAAUUCAGAGGAACUAUACGUCCAAGAUCUGAAAAGUUUGAUCAAGAACGCUCUGGAGAAUUUUCAACUUCCAGCAAUCAUGGACUUCAGAAAAUUUUCCCGGAACUAUCAAAUUUCCAAAUCUGCUUCUCUUCCAACAUUUGAUCCAGUCUCAGCCAAAGUGGAAGGGAAUCUUAUAUUUGAACCAAGCAGUUAUCUUCCCAAAGAAAUCAUGCUAAAAACCACCCUCACAGUCUUGGGACUUGCUUCGAUUGAUCUCUUUGAGAUUGGUUUAGAAGGAAAGGGCUUUGAGCCAACGCUGGAAACUCUUUUUGGUAAGCAGGGAUUCUUCCCAGACAGUGUCAACAAGGCUUUGUAUUGGGUCAAUGGUCAAGUUCCUGAUCGUGUCUCCAAGGUCUUAGUGGACCACUUUGGCUACACCAAAGAUGACAAGCAUGAACAGGACAUGGUGAAUGGAAUCAUGCCCAUUAUAGACAAGUUGAUCAAAGAUUUGAAAUCUAAAGAAAUCCCUGAAGCCAGAGCCUACCUCCGCAUCCUGGGAAAAGAGCUUGGCUUCGUCAAGCUCCAAGAUCUCCAAGUCCUGGGAAAGCUGUUGCUGAAUGGUGCACAAAGUUUGCGGGGGAUCCCCCAGAUGCUUGCACAGGCCAUCAGAGAAGGGUCAAAGAAUGACUUGUUUCUUCACUACAUCUUCAUGGAGAAAGCCUUUGAGCUCCCCACUGGAAUGGGGUUACAGCUGCAAGUGUCCUCAUCUGGAGUCAUCACCCCUGGGACCAAGGCUGGAGUGAGACUGGAUUUGGCCAAUAUUCAGACAGAGCUAGUGACAAAGCCCUCUGUGUCCGUGGAGUUUGUGACAACUAUGGGCACCAUCAUGCCAGACUUCGCUAAGAGCGGUGUCCAAAUGAACACCAACUUCUUCCACGAGUUAGAUCUGGAGGCUCGAGUGGCUUUGAAGGCUGGGCAGCUGAAGGUCAUCAUUCCUUCUCCAAAAAGGCCGGUCAAGCUGUUCAGUGGCAGCAACACACUGCAUUUGGUCUCUACCACCAAAACAGAAGUGAUCCCCCCUCUGAUUGAGAACAGGCAGUCCUGGUCAACUUGCAAGCCUUUCUUCACUGGCAUGAACUUGUGCACCAAUGGGGCUUACUCCAAUGCCAGCUCCACGGAGUCUGCUUCCUACUAUCCACUGACUGGGGACACAAGGUAUGAGCUAGAGCUGAAGCCCACGGGAGAGGUGGAGCAGUAUUCAGCCAGUGCAACCUAUGAACUCCAAAGAGAAGACAAGUCUUUGGUCGACACACUGAAGUUCCUAGUUCAAGCAGAAGGGGUGCAGCAGUCUGAAGCUACUGCAAUGUUCAAAUAUAACCGGCGAAGCAGGACUUUAUCUAGUGAAGUCCUAAUUCCAGAGUUUGAUGUCAACUUUGGGACAAUCCUCAGAGUUAAUGAUGAAUCUGCUAAGGACAAAAAUGCUUACAAACUCAUCCUGGACAUUCAGAACAAAAAAAUCACUGAGGUCUCUUUUGUGGGCCACGUGAGUUACGACAAAAAGGGAGAUGGCAAGAUCAAGGGUGUUGUUUCUGUACCACGUUUGCAAGCAGAAGCCAGAAGUGAGAUCCACACCCACUGGUCGCCCACCAAACUGCUCUUCCAAAUGGACUCAUCUGCUACAGCUUAUGGCUCAACAAUUUCCAAGAGAGUGGCAUGGCGUUAUGAUAAUGAGAAAAUCGAAUUUGAUUGGAACACGGGAACCAAUGUGGAUACCAAAAAAGUGGCCUCCAAUUUCCCUGUGGAUCUUUCCAGUUACCCUAGAACUUUGCAUGCGUAUGCCAAUAGUCUCUUGGAUCACAGAGUCCCUCAAACAGACAUGACUUACCGGCACAUGGGUUCCAAAUUAAUUGUUGCAACAAACACUUGGCUUCAGAUGGCAUCCAGGGGUCUUCCUUACUCCCAGACUCUACAGGAUCACCUCAGUGGCCUCUCAGAGUUGAACCUCCAGAAAAUGGGAUUGCCUGACUUCCACAUCCCUGACAACCUGUUCCUAAAGAGUGAUGGCCGGGUCAAAUACACAUUGAACAAGAACAGUAUAAAAAUUGACAUUCCUUUGCCUCUGGGUGGCAAGACUUCAAAAGACUUAAAGAUGCCAGAGAGUGUGAGGACGCCAGCCCUCAGCUUCAGAUCUGUGGGAUUCCAUCUGCCAUCUCAAGAGUUCCAGGUGCCCGCUUUCACAAUCCCCAAGACAGGUCAACUGCAACUGCCUCUCUUGGGUGUGCUAGACCUUUCCACAAAUGUCUACAGCAACUUGUACAACUGGUCAGCCUCCUACACCGGUGGCAACACCAGCAGGGACCACUUCCGCCUUCAGGCUCAGUACCGCAUGAAGGCUGACGCCGUGGUUGACCUGUUUUCCUACAGUGUGCAAGGCUCUGGAGAAACAACCUAUGACAGCAAGAGUACCUUCACAUUGUCCUGCGAUGGCUCUCUACACCAUAAAUUCCUAGAUUCAAAAUUCAAAGUCAGUCAUGUCGAAAAAUUUGGAAACACCCCAGUCUCAAAAGGUUUACUCACAUUCGAAGCAUCUAGUGCCUUGGGACCACAGAUGUCUGCUUCUGUUCACCUGGACUCAAAAAAGAAACAACACCUACAUGUCAAAGACAUCAAAGUUGAUGGGCAGUUCAGAGCAUCUUCAUUUUAUGCUCAAGGCAAAUACAGCCUGUCUUGUGAGAGAGACACUUCCACUGGCCAGCUGAGUGGGGAAUCCAACAUGAGGUUUAACUCCACUUACUUCCAGGGCACCAACCAGAUAGUGGGAUUGUAUCAGGAUGGAACCCUCUACCUCACCUCCACCUCUGACCUACAGGAUGGCAUUUUCAAGAACACAGCUUCCCUGAAAUAUGAAAACUAUGAGCUGACUCUGAAAUCUGACAGCAGUGGGCAGUAUGAGAACUUUGCUGCUUCCAACAAGCUGGACAUGACCUUCUCUAAGCAAAGUGCAUUGCUACGUUCUGAACAUCAGGCCAAUUACAAGUCCCUGAAGCUCAUCACCCUUCUUUCUGGAUCACUCACUUCCCAGGGUGUAGAAUUAAAUGCUGACAUCUCAGGCAGUGACAAAGUUAAUUCUGGUGCUCACAAGGCAACGCUAAAGAUUGCUCGAGAUGGACUAUCCACCAGUGCAACCACCAACUUGAAGUACAGCCCCCUGCUUCUGGAGAACGAGAUGAAUGCAGAGGUUGGCCUCUCUGGGGCAUCCAUGAAGUUAUCAACAAACGGCCGAUUCAAAGAACACCAUGCAAAAUUUAGUCUUGAUGGAAGAGCUGCCCUCACAGAGGUCUCAUUGGGAAGCAUGUACCAGGCCAUGAUUCUGGGUGCAGACAGCAAGAACAUCUUCAAUUUCAAACUCAGCAGAGACGGGCUGAAGCUAUCCAGUGACAUGAUGGGCUCCUAUGCUGAAAUGAAACUGGACCACACACACAGCCUGAACAUUGCAGGUCUCUCACUGGACUUGUCCUCAAAAAUGGACAAUAUUUACAGUGGUAACAAGUUUUAUAAGCAGAAUUUUAACUUACAGCUACAGCCCUAUUCGUUCGUAACUAUUUUAAGCAAUAACCUGAGAUAUGGUGCUCUAGAUUUGACCAACAGUGGAAAGGUACGGCUGGAACCACUGAAGCUGAAUGUGGGUGGCAACUUUAAAGGAACCUAUCAAAAUAAUGAGCUAAAACACAUCUAUACCCUCUCUUAUACUGACCUAGUAGUAGCAAGUUACAGAGCAGAUACUGUGGCUAAGGUUCAAGGUGUGGAGUUCAGCCAUAGGCUUAAUGCAGACAUUGAAGGGCUGGCUUCCUCCGUUGAUGUCAUCACCAACUACAACUCAGAUCCACUGCAUUUUAACAACGUUUUCCACCUUGUUUUGGAACCAUUUACCUUGGGCAUCGACACGCAUACGAGUGGCGAUGGGAAACUGGCUCUCUGGGGAGAACACACUGGGCAGCUGUAUAGCAAGUUUCUGUUGAAAGCAGAACCUCUAGCACUCACUUUCUCUCAUGACUACAAAGUAUCCACAAGCCACAAUCUCCUGUACAAGGACAGCAUCAGUACUGGUCUUGAACAUACAGUCAGUGUCCUGCUCACACCGGCUGAGCAGACAAGCACCUGGAAAUUCAAGACCAGACUGAACGACAAGGUAUACAGCCAGGACUUUGAAGCCUACAACACUAAAGACCAUAUUGGCAUUGAGCUUAGUGGACGGGCUGACCUCUCUGGGCUGUACUCUCCAAUUAAAGUGCCGUUUCUCUACACUGAGCCUGUCAAUGUCCUUAAUGGCUUAGAGAUAAAGGAUGCUUCUGACAAGCCCCAAGAAUUCACAAUUGUUGCUUUUGUGAAGUACGAUAAGAACCAGGAUGUUCACACCAUCAGCCUCCCGUUCUUUAAAAGCCUGCCAGACUAUUUGGACAGAAAUCGAAGAGGAAUUAUAACCCUACUGGAAGCCAUGCAGGGAGAAUUGCAACGCAUCAAUGUUGAUCAGUUUGUGAGGAAAUACAGAGCAGCCCUGAGCAGACUUCCACAACAAAUUCAUGAUUAUCUGAAUGCAUCUGGCUGGGAGAGACAAGUAGCCAGUGCCAAGGAAAAAUUAACUUCUUUCAUAGGAAAUUACAGAAUUACAGAUAAUGAUGUACUAAUUGCAUUAGAUAGUGCCAAAAUCAACUUGAAUGAAAAACUCUCUCAACUUGAGACAUACGUGAUACAAUUUGAUCAGUAUAUUAAAGAUAAUUAUGAUCCACAUGAUUUAAAAAAAACUAUUGCUCAGAUUAUUGAUCAAAUCAUUGAAAAGUUAAAAAUCCUUGAUGAACAGUAUCAUAUCCGUGUAAAUCUAGCAAAAUCAAUCCAUAAUCUAUAUUUAUUUGUUGAAAAUGUUGAUCUUAACAAAAUCAGUAGUAGUACUGCCUCUUGGAUCCAAAAUGUGGAUAACAAAUAUCAAAUCAAAAUCCAGAUACAAGAAAAACUACAGCAGCUCAGGACACAAAUUCAGAAUAUAGACAUUCAACAGCUUGCUGCAACGUUAAAACAACACAUUGAAGCGAUUGAUGUCACAAUGCAUUUAGAUCAAUUGAGAACUGCAAUUCCAUUCCAAAGAAUAAAGGACAUUAUUGAGCGUGUCAAAUACUUUGUUAUGAAUCUUAUUAAAGAUCUUAAAGUAACUGAGAAAAUCAACACUUUUAGAGCUAUUGUCCAUGAGUUAAUUGAGAAAUAUGAAGUAGACCAACAAAUCCAGGUUUUAAUGGAUAAAUCAGUAGAGCUGGCCCACAGAUACAGACUGAGUAAGACUCUUCAGAAACUAAGUAAUGUGUUACAACAAAUUGAGAUAAAGGAUUACUAUGAGAAAUUGGUUAGGUUUAUUGAUGAUACUGUCGAGUGGCUUAAAGCACUGUCUUUCCAAAAUUUCAUUGAAGAACUAAAUAGAUUUCUUGACAUGCUGGUGAAGAAGUUAAAAGCAUUUGAUUAUCACCAGUUCAUAGACGAAACCAACAGCAAAAUCCGUGAGAUGACUCAAAGAAUCAAUGCUGAAAUCCAAGCUCUUGAACUUCCACAGAAAACUGAAGCAUUAAAGUUGCUGGUAGAAGACUUCAAAGUCCAGGUCUCAAACUAUCUGGAGAGACUCAAGAACACCAAAGUAACUGUGUUCAUUGAUUGGCUACAGGAUGUUUUAGUUGACACAAAAGCCCAUUUCCAAGAUACUCUAGAAGAUGUAAGAGACAGAAUUUAUCAAAUGGACAUUCAGGGAGAACUCCAGCGCUGCUUGUCUCUGGUAAGCCAAGUUUAUAGUACACUGGUCACCUACAUUUCUGACUGGUGGAUUCUGACUUCUAAAAACCUAACAGACCUUGCAGAGCAAUAUUCCAUCCAAAACUUGGCUGAGAGUGUAAAAGUGAUGGUGGAAAGAGGAUUCACUGUUCCCGAAAUCCAAACAUUUUUGGGCACCAUGCCUGCCUUUGAGGUCAGUCUCCGCGCUCUCCAAGAAGCCAACUUUCAAACUCCUGACUUUAUAGUCCCCCUGACGGAUUUGAGGAUCCCAUCAAUUUGGAUAAACCUCAAAAUGCUGAAGAAUGUAAAAAUCCCAUUGAGAUUUUCCACGCCAGAAUUCACUGUCCUCAACACCUUCUAUGUCCGUUCCUUUACAAUUGACUUGCUAGAAAUAAAAGCAAAGAUACUCAGGACUAUUGACCAAAUGCUGAGCAGUGAGCUGCAGUGGCCUCUUCCAGAAGUGUACCUGAGGGACUUGAAGAUGGUGAACAUUCCUCUUACAAGACUCACUCUGCCAGACUUCCAUGUCCCGGAAAUCACAAUUCCAGAAUUCACAAUCCCAAAUGUCAAGCUCAGAGAAUUUCAGAUUCCUGAUCUUCACAUACCAGAAUUCCAGCUUCCCCGCCUCUCACACACAAUUGAAAUACCUGCUUUUGGCAAACUGCAUAGCAUGCUGAAGAUCCGCUCUCCCCUCUUUAUAGUGGAUGCUAAUGCCCACAUACAGAAUGUAAGUGUGUCAGAGAACAAAGCAGAUAUUAUGGCUUCUGUCACCGCUAGAGGAGAGUCUAAAUUUGAAGCUCUCAAUUUUGAUUUUCAAGCACAGGCUCAAUUCUUAGAGCUAAAUACUAAUCCUCUGGUCCUGAAGGAAUCCAUGAACUUCUCCAGUAAGCAUGUGAUAAUAGAACAUAAGGGUGAGAUAUUAUUAUCUGGAAAAGCCAUUGAGGGAAAAUCAGACACUGCCGCAAGUUUCAACACGGAGAAAAAUACAGUGGAGUUUAAUAAUGGUGUGAGUGUCAAGAUAAACAAUCAGCUCUCCCUUGACAGUCACACAAAGUACUUUCACAAGCUCAGUGUCCCCAGGCUGGACUUCUCCAGUAAGGCUUCCCUUAAUAAUGAAAUCAAGACACUAUUAGAAGCUGGACGUGUGGCAUGGACUUCUUCGGGGACAGGGUCAUGGAAUUGGGCUUGCCCCAACUUCUCAGAUGAGGGCAUACAUUCAUCCAAAAUUAACUUUGCCAUGGAAGGACCCAUUGCUUCUUUUGGAUUGUCCAACAACAUAAAUGGCAAACACCUAAGGGUCAUCCAAAAACUGGCUUAUGAAUCUGUCUUCCUCAACUAUUCUAGGUUUGAAUUUGACUCAAAAGUUGAAUCUCAGCAUGUGGGCUCCAGCAUUCUAACUGCCAAGGGAUGGGCACUGUUCAGAGAUGCACAGGCAGAAAUGACUGCUGAGCACAAUGCCAACUUGAAUGGAAAAGUCAUUGGAACUUUGAAAAAUUCUCUUUUCUUUUCAGCACAACCAUCUGAGGCUACUGUAUCCACAAAUAAUGAAGGAAAUUUGAAAGUUAGUUUUCCAUUAAAGUUGACUGGAAAAAUAGACUUCCUGAAUAACUAUGCACUGUUUCUGAGUCCACAUGCCCAACAAUCAAGCUGGCAAGCAAGUGCUAGGUUCAAUCAGUACAAAUACAAUCAAAAUUUUUCUGCUAUAAACAAUGAACACAACAUCGAAGCCCGUAUAGGAAUGAAUGGAGAUGCUAACCUGGAUUUCUUACAUAUACCCUUAACACUUCCUGAAAUUACUCUACCUUACAUAGGGCUCACAAUGCCCUCACUGAAGAAUUUCUCCAUAUGGGAAGAAAUGGGCUUGAAAGGAUUUUUGAAGACAACAAAGCAGUCGUUUGAUUUAAGUGUAAAAGCUCAAUAUAAAAAGAACAGAGACAAGCAUUCCAUUGUUAUUCCCCUGAGUAUGUUUUAUGAGUUUAUUCUCAACAAUGUCAAUUCCUGGGACAGAAAAUUUGAGAAAGUCAGAGACAGUGCAUUAGAUUUUCUUACCACAAGCUAUAAUGAGGCAAAAAUUAAGUUUGAUAAGUGCAGAACUGAAAAUGCCCUCAAUCAGCCCUCUGGAACCUUUCAAAGUUGUGGGUACAUUAUUCCAGUUGUCAACAUUGAAGUGUCUCCAUUUGCUGUAGAGACACUGGCCUCCAACCAUGUGGUACCCAAGGCAAUCAGCACCCCAAGUGUCACCAUUCCAGGUUCUACCGUCAUCGUACCUUCAUACAGGUUAAUGCUGCCAGCCCUGGAGCUGCCAGUUCUUCAUGUCCCUAGGAAUCUUCUCAAGUUUUCCCUCCCAGAUUUCAAGGAAUUGAGAACUAUUGACAAUAUUUAUAUUCCAGCCAUGGGCAAUUUUACUUAUGACUUUUCUUUUAAAUCAAGUGUCAUCACACUAAAUGCCAAUGCUGGACUUUAUAACCAAUCAGAUAUCGUUGCUCGUUUCCUUUCUUCCUCUUCAUUUGUCACGGAUGCUCUGCAGUACAAAUUAGAGGGUACGUCACGCCUGACACAGAAAGGAGGAUGGAAGUUAGCCACAGCUGUCUCUCUAACUAACAAAUUUGUAAAGGGAAAUCAUGACAGCACCAUUAGCUUAACCAAGAAAAACAUGGAAGCAUCAGUAAAAACAACUGCGAACCUCCAUGUUCCCAUCUUAACAAUGAACUUCAAGCAGGAACUUAAUGGAAAUACCAAGUCAAAACCCACUGUCUCAUCAUCCAUUGAACUAAACUAUGACUUCAAUUCCCCAAAGCUGCACUCCACUGCUAAAGGAGGCAUUGAACAAAAGUUCAGCUUAGAAAGUCUCAGUUCCUACUUUUCCAUUGAGUCAUCCACCAAAGGAAAUAUCAAGGGCUCUUUCCUUUCACAGGACUAUUCAGGAAGUGUUGCCAAUGAGGCCAAUACAUACCUGAACUCUAAGGGUACUCGGUCUUCAAUAAGGCUACAAGGAGCUUCCAAACUUGAUGGUAUCUGGAACCUGGAAUUAGGAGAAAAUUUUGCUGGAGAAGCCACUCUCCAACGCAUCUAUGCCACGUGGGAACACAGCAUGAAAAACCACUUACAGGCAUAUGACCUCUUUAGCACAAAAGGAAAGCAAACAUGCAGAGCCACCAUGGAGCUCUCCCCAUGGACAAUGUCAACCCUUCUUCAGGUUCAUGUGAGCCAACCCAGUUCCCUCCUUGAUCUCCAUCACUUUGACCAGGAAGUUACCCUGAAAGCUAACACUAAGAACCAGAAGGUCGGCUGGAAAAGUGAGGUGCAGGUUCAUUCACACGUUCUUCAGCACAACGUGCAGUUCUCAAAUGACCAAGAAGAGGUACACCUUGAUAUUGCAGGAUCUGUAGAAGGACAAUUUUGGGAUCUUGAAAAUAUCUAUGGCAAGAGCUUGCAGGAACUUCUAAAAAUGAAUGGAAAGAAACAGUAUCUUCAAGCUUCAACUUCUCUUCUAUAUACCAAAAACCCUAACGGCUAUCCUGUCCAACUCCCUGUGCAAGAACUGACUGAUAGAUUCAUUAUACCAGGGCUAAAACUAAAUGACUUCAGUGGAAUACAAAUAUAUAAGAAAUUAAGUACAUCACCAUUUGCCCUCAACCUAACAAUGCUCCCCAAGGUAAACUUCCCUAGGUUUGAUGUAUUAACACAGUACUCUGAAGCAGAGGACUCGUCUAUUCCUACUUUUGAGGUAACUGUACCUGAAAUUCAGUUAACCGUGUCCCAGUUCACACUUCCAAAGAGCUUUCCAGUUGGUAGCACUGUCUUUGAUCUGAAUAAGUUAGCCAACAUGAUUGCAGAUAUCGAUCUGCCUAGUGUCACCCUGCCUGAGCAGACAAUUGAGAUCCCAUCCUUUAAGCUGUCUGUACCUGCUGGAAUUCUUAUUCCCUUCUUUGGAGAACUGACUGCACGUGUUGGGGUGGCCUCUCCCCUGUAUAAUGUCACUUGGAAUGCUGGUUGGAAAAACAAAGCAGAUCAUGUUGAAACAUUCCUGGGUUCCACGUGCAGUUCAACCUUGCAGUUUCUGGAGUAUGACCUAAAUGUUGUGGGAACACACAAAAUUGAAGCUGGUCUGUUCAUUUGUAAAUACAAAGGAAUACUUCAACACCGUGACUUCAACGUGGAAUACAACGAAGAUGGUGCAUUUAAAGGACUUUGGGUCUGGCAGGGAGAGGCUCGCCUGGACAUCACCAGCCCAGCGCUUACUGAACUCCAUCUGCACUACAAAGAAGAUGAGACGAGUCUCUCUGCCUCAGCGGCCUCCCCAGCCAUCGGCACGGUGGGUCUGGAUUCGAGCAUAGAUGACCAGAGUGUGAAGCUGAGUGUCUACUUCCACCCUCAGUCCCCUCUAGAUAGAAAACUCAACAUAUUCAAAACUGAGUGGAGGAACAAGAAGUCUGAUGGUGAAACACACCUCAAAAUUAACUGGGAACAAGAGGCGACCUCCAGAUUGCUAGGCUCCCUAAAAAGCAAUGUGCCCAAAGCUACAGAAGCUAUUUAUGAUUAUGUCAAUAAGUACUACCUUGGAGAUGCUUCUUUAGAGCUAAGGAGAAGUCUGCAGAACAAUGCUGAGAGUGUGAUAAGGACACUUGAUAAAAUGAACAUGGAUUUCCAGCGGGCAGCCCAUGAUAGCUACCAGGAGUGGAAAGACAAGGCCCGGAAUCUGUAUGAGGAAAUGUUGGCUCAGGAGGGCCAAAGCAUCCCUGAGAAACUCAAGGAGAAGGUGUUAGACAGUCUGAUACAUGUUACUCAGAAGUGCCGCAUGGCAUUCACAUGGCUGAUUGACUCAUUGAUUCAUUUCCUGAAGUUCAAUAGAUUCCAGCUCCCUGGGAAUGCUGGAACAUAUACGACCGAUGAACUCUACACUAUGGCCAUGAAGAAGAUGCUGGAGGCACUGUCUCAGCUACAUUCAAGUGUCUAUAACAGUUCAGAAAAACUGCUUUCCUAUAUUCAAGACCUAGCAGAGAAAUCAGCCUUAGUCAAUGACAUAACAUUACAAUGUCGUUAUACUCCAAAAAACUGUACCGUAAAAGAUGUGAUACUCUGGUUGAGGGAGCACAACAUUUUUUCAUACUUCGACCAAAAAGAUUUUAAAAGCUUCCAAAAUAUCAAAUUUACAGAAAUACUAACUGAAUGUCAGAUCAUUGGGGAGAGACUAUUAGAAGUCACAGAAGAACAAAUUCAGUGUCUAAAUGAAUCUACUUGUUUCGCUGAACAGAUCAACAUAUUCUUCAAAAUAAAAGUCCCAUAUGCUUUUAAAUCCCUAGGACAACAUGCAUACACUCUCUUCAGUAUGUUCAAUAACUUUGUUCAAAACAUACUUCAAGUGGGGUCUUUCAAGCUACAGCAGAUCCAUCAAUAUCUACAGGCUCUUCGUGAAGAGUAUUUUGAUCCAAGCAUGGUUGGCUGGGCGGUAAAAUAUUAUGAACUAGAAGAAAAGAUGGCUGACCUGAGCAAGACAAUUUUAGUUACCCUUAGAGAUUUCUACUCUGAAUACAGUGCCAGGGCUGCUGAUUUUGCUUCCGAAAUAUCAAUUCGAGUCGAGCAAUUUGUAUCCAAGGAUAUCACAGAUUAUCUUAGCAUCCUUAUUGAAGUGAAUGGAAAGGGAAAUGAGAAGAUUGCGGAGCUUUCUAUCAUGGCCAAGAAAGCAAUUAAAAGCUGGGUCACUGUAAUGGUGGAAAUCAUUUCUGAUUACUACCAGCAGUUCAGUUCCAAACUGCAGGAUUAUUCAGACCAGCUCUCUGGUUACUGUGAAAACUCCGUUGCUGAGUCCACAAGACUGAUUGACCUGGCCAUUCAAAGCUACCGCAUGUUUCUCAAGUACAUCACCGAGUUACUGAAAAAGCUGCAGGUGGCCACAGCCAAUAAUGUGAGCCCCUAUGUGAAGUUUGCUCCAGAAGAACUGAUUAUCACCUUCUGAUUCUCUUAUUAAUCUCUUCCAAUUAAACUUUCACAUAGUAGGAGACUUUGCAGACGACUAUAUAAGCCAUCCGCCUGAGCCAACCCUGCAGCUGACAACCACAAGAAGCCCAUGUGAACUACACCUACAACCAAGCUGCCACAAGAACCAAAAACUCUGGAACAGCUUGAACUCAGAAUGACAUAUUUUUACAAGUUAGAGAAAAAGCAAGGUCUGAGUUAUUUUGUUAAACUCAGCAGCGGGAGGGGACAAAUAAAUCACUUCUUUACUGUGUA